GACAGCCGGCUUCGCUCACGACACAAGGUCUACCAUCAAGCUAGCAACGUAGCGGAUGUAGAACAUUCCGACGAGUCGGAGUACGAUCCUAAUGAUGAUGUCGAGCCCGAGAAAGACAAUCUACGCGAUAACAGCAACUUCAACAUGAACAGUUUCAUUAAUGCUCUUCCGCAUUUGGGUCGGGGAGACCCUUUUUACGGGACCCAUCUUGAACCGAGUGACUUCAAGCCUCCUCCUCCUCCCAAAAUACGCCGGCCGGCGUGGGAAGAACAUCUACUGUGGAACGAAUAA